GGUUAGUUGGGGAGAACCCUUCAGAAGUGGAGAAUGAAGUUUCCUCUGUUGAUGCUGGUCCUACAGGCCACUGCCUCUGGAGCCGUUCCUCUGACUAACUCCACAGGCUCUGAGGAGAAUGAUGUGGUCUUCGCUGAAAGGUACCUGGAAUCCUUUUACGGUUUUGUCAUGGAUGGAGUUCCAGUGACAAAAAUGAAAGUCAGUCCAAACUUGAUGAAGGAUAAACUUCAGGAAAUGCAGCAGUUCUUGGGGCUGAAAGUGACUGGGAGACUGGACGCCUCUACUCUGGACAUGAUGCACAUGCCCCGAUGUGGGGUUCCUGAUGUCCACGAGUUCAGGACACUGGCAGGGAGGCCGGUGUGGAGGAAACGCUUUCUCACCUACAGAAUCAACAGUUACACUCCUGACAUGAAGCCUGCAGAUGUUGACUAUGCCAUCCAAAAAGCUUUUCAAGUAUGGAGUGAUGUGACUCCCCUGAAAUUCAGGAAAAUUCACUCAGGAGAGGCUGACAUUAUGAUCGGAUUUGCCUCUGGAGCUCAUGGAGACUUCAAUCCUUUUGACGGCAGAGGGGGAAUCAUAGCCCAUGCUUUCGGACCCGGACCCGGUAUUGGGGGAGACACACAUUUCGACGAGGCUGAAACCUGGACCGCGAACUACAGAGGCACAAACUUGUUCCUAGUUGCUGUUCAUGAGCUUGGCCAUUCCUUGGGUCUUGGCCAUUCCAGUGAUCCAAAAGCCAUAAUGUUCCCUACUUACAGUUACGUUGACCCCAACACCUUUCGCCUCUCUUCUGAUGACGUACGUGGCAUUCAGUCUCUCUACGGAGGUCCAGAAAGGCGCCAACCCCCAUCACAUCCUGACAGUACAGAAUCGGCCACCUGCAACCCCAGUCUGAGUCUUGACGCUGCCACUACUGUGGGAAAUAAAAUCAUUUUCUUUAAAGACAGAUACUUUGGGUGGAGGAAUCCUGAGAGUCCAAAGAGCAAUAUUAGUUUAAUUUCUUCUUUCUGGCCAACCUUACCAUCUGGCAUUCAAGCUGCUUAUGAAAUUGGAGACAGAAAUCAAGUCUUUCUUUUUAAAGAUGAUAAGUAUUGGGUAAUUAGCAACUUAAGACCACAACGACUCUAUCCCAAGAAUGUACGUUCUUUGGGCUUUCCUAACUUUGUGAAAAAAAUUGAUGCAGCUGUUUUUAAUCCACUUCUCUAUAAGACCUACUUCUUUGUAGGUAAUCAAUAUUGGAGGUACGACGAGAGGAGACAACUCAUGGACCCCGGUUAUCCCAAAUUCAUUACCAAAGCCUUUCCGGGCAUUGGGCCUAAAAUCGAUGCAGUCUACUAUAAUAACAGACACUACUAUUUCUUCCAAGGAUCUGAUGUAUCGGAAUAUGAUGUCCUAUCCCAUCGUGUCACCAAAAGGCUGAAACACGAUAUCAAGUUAGGUUGUUAGGAAGGGUGUAAUUAGUAAUGUUUGUCAAUUCACUUCAGUUAAAUAAGAAUUUAUUGCUUACUUGCUCUGUGGCCAGCGUACCAGUGCAUGCUGGUGCAUUUCAUAAAAUAAGGUAAAGUCUAUAGGCCAGAGAUAAACGAUCAUACACGUAAAUGGUCAUACAAAUUGCGUAAGAUUUUUCGAUUUUGAAAACCCUCACUGUCACUUUUUGAUUCAACUAUUCAGCUUCAAAACAGACACCUUCAAGGGGCCAUAGACUAUCUUGGUCCCUGACCAUCCCACAACUGAGACAUUAUCAUGAUUUCUUUGCCUUAACUAAUAUUAAGAAAUAAUUUGUUUCUGUGGCCAUUAAAGGUUUCAACAAGUACAUUUUUUUAUUCUUUUGGAGUAAAAACAGAAUAUACCAGGAAAUGACAAUUAAUGUAAGUAAUAUAUGAGUAAAUUAUAUAAUUAUGGUGAUAAUGUUAUUUUAUUCUGUUGUCAGUGUUGACUUUUCUAAAUCGUAUCUGAAGUAUACAUAUAUAUAUAUAUAUAUUU